AUGAAAGUGGAGGGUGGAGUGGCGACCACGACGAUCCUCCACAAGGUCAAGGUGAAGGAAGAGGCGAAAGAAUGCUGCGGUUAUCAGCAGUCGUCUGCGUCGACGUCGACGGGAACCGCGACCAUCGCAACGGUGACCGCCCCGAGCACGAGUAUCGCGACCACCGUCAGCAAUAGCAAUAGCAACGGCGUGUCGAGCGUGGCCGCCACCCCGUCGACGACCACCGUGCCCAACGCCUCCCCCGCAACCGCCGCUAUUGUCUGCCAUCCGUCGACGCCAGCCUCUUCCGUCACCGUCACCGUCACCGCCAACGCAGAGCCCUUUCCCGUCGAUCUCGACCUCAAGGCCAAGGCCAAGGUGGGUUCGGCGACGAGGGAGAAGUCCCCGCGGGAAGAGGUCCAACCGGAGGUGCACUCGCCGUCCUCUCAUCAUCAUCAAAGGAUCACCUCCGCCGCGGCGAGCGGUCAACAAAAGCAGAGCAAUGGUCCGCGAUCGGAGUACAAAGGGACAACCGGUUGCUCGGUGUCCUCCGACAACGACAGUCCCUUGCCCUCGCACUCUCUGAAGCCCGAGUUCGAGGAUGGAAUUGGCUCUGGCGCUGGCAAUGCCGGGGCUCCUGCCAACUGCAGAACGGAAGAGCAGAACGAUGUAUCCGCGCUGUCGAAUGGCACCACCGGCACCAGAUGCAUCGCUGGUGUUUUCGCCGGUCACGGCAUGUUCAAGAGACUGCUCGGCACUCUCGUGCAAUUCGCUACGAACAUCUCCCUGGACACAGGUGACACCGUGCGAACUCUGGUGCUGACGCUUCUGAACGGGAGCAGAACCGCGGAGGAAUUCCACUCGGCGUUGCAGGAAGCUACCAACUACCGCCUCAGAGGCUUCGUGUUACCAUACCUGAAGCACACCUUGCCUUCUUUGCAGAGGGACCUGAACAAUGCCGCCAGAGCGAACAACCAGAGUUGCGCGCAAUUCUUACGAUCGAACGAGGCAGCGGUUCUGGAGGCCGUCGGGUUGCUGGCGGCAGGGGAGCCGGUGGAGAUCUUCGGAGAGCAGGCUGGCAACGGGCUGGGAAGUGGAAACGGAAUAGGAAACGGCGGCAAUCAGUCCUCCGCUCAUUACGGCAUGCGGUCCAAUUCUAAUCCCGGUGUCGGUGCUAUUCAGCACACGAACAACGCCACGGGCGGUCUGCACCAUUAUUCCAGCACCGCACCGCACGCACCGAAACGUCGCGCCUCCGACACUCCAUAUUACGAGAACGGGGCACUCCUGGACGACGUGCCCGUGUAUGGAAAGAGAUCAACGAAUCCCUGGAGUCACCACCAUCAGCAGCAACAGUCUAACGAGAGUUCCUCUUCUUAUUGUUGGUAUCAUCCGCUUCAUUCGUCGAGCGGGUCGAUGCCGGGUCACGGGCACCGCCACGGUCACGGACCCAGCCCAGUGCCGCCUAGUCUCGUGCAAAUUAAUCAGAUAAAUGCAUUCUCGGGCACGCACCAUCUAACCCAACAGCAACAGCAGCAACAGUUGAGCCACGUUCAAACGCAGAACGGCAGCCUCGACGACGAGUGGAAGAACAUCCACGUGAUGUUGAACUGUAUCCUGGGUAUGGUCGAGAAGACCAAAAGGGCGCUGGCCAUUCUUCAGACCCGGGGAUGCUCCAGUCCAGCGUCGAUGCCCCCGUUGGCAGCGUCCACGUCCACCGGGGCGCAGAACGGUAACGGCGGCAACAACACUAGCGUUGCUAGUAACAAUCCAUCCUCCACGAACGGUUCACAGGUGGAAUCGUCUACGGGCGAUCGGGAGGGUAACCUGAAACGAUUAUCCGGUGAGAUCGUUGCUCAGACAAUAAGGGUCACCGAGGACAAAGUCGCCGAGGUGAAGAGGAAGGCUGAAGAAGCAGUGCUGGAGGUGAAGAGGGCUGCUGUGGCAGAGGUUCAGAGGGCGGUGGCGGUCGCAGUGGCCGAAUCCAGGGCGAACGAACGCCUCCGUGUUCAUCGACUGCUCGAUCUUCCCUUGUCGCAGAGAAAUCACGGUGCUCAUCGUCAGGGCCCGUUGCUCCGGGUCUAUGGGAAUCCUGGCGUGGUGGACGCCAACGCGAGGGCCGUCACGACGCCGACCACCACUUCGAAUCCGAUGCCAUCGACCACGGAGGACGAGAAGGACGCGCAUUUGCAGACCAUCUCGGGAUCCAGCUGUUGGAAUUGCGGUAGACCCGCUCUGGAGACGUGUGGUGGUUGUGGGAUCGCGCGAUACUGCGGAUCCUUUUGCCAACAUCGCGACUGGGAGGCCGGAGGACAUCACGCGUCCUGCAACAACCCUCCUCCGCGCGAGUUCAGAAGGUCAGCGUCACGCAGCCCACCGAGAAUCGCUACCGGAAGUCUGUCGACGAACGUGGACGUGGACGUGGCCGCGCCUAUAUCGGCCAGCACCCCGUCCAAAGGGAAGUGA